CAGGGAGUAGCGAGAUUGCCACAGAUGCAGCGAAUGCUUCGUCUAGUAUAGGUAGAGGAGUGUAGAUCGUGCUUUGGUUCGCGCACGUUCGUGAGAGUUUAUGUCCGCAAUGGACGGCUUGAUACCUGUUGCACGACCCGGCGCGGACCGGUUCGAGUCGUUCACAUAUCGACGUUUGUCGUAGAUAGAAAAGUGAUUUAUUAUUCCAGUGACGAUGAAUUGUCGUGAUCAUCAUUGUUGACGUUUCUCGUGGUGUGACAGUACAGGCUACCAUCGUUGCCGUGCGUCACGAAUUUUCGUGUGCAAAUACAGCGCAGGAUACAUUUGCCACGAUUGAAACAAUGGGGAUCGUGCAGAGCCGCGCCGGCGAAAGCGAUGGCGGUGUGCGCGAAGUAUUCAUCGGUGGUAUCAAGGGCGGCACGCCUCUUCAAUCCUAUCAACCUAGCCUUGGCAUGGGAAGUUUGGGUGGACCACACGCACGGAGUGGCAGCGUCCGUGGCGCGCCAAGGCAACCAAUGCCCGACGCUGUGGAACUCGAAAGGCGCUUCACCAAAGUGUUGGCUUCGAUGGACUUGCCUCCGGACAAAGCGAAGCUCUUAAAGCAGUACGACAACGAGAAGAAAUGGGACAUCAUAUGCGAUCAAGAAAGAGUGCAGGCCAAGGAUCCACCAUCCCAUUAUUUAGCAAAAUUACGUACCUAUCUGGAUCCGAAAGCUUCGCGAAGCCAUCGAUCGUAUCGUUUUCUCGCAUUCUUCCAGAAGAGGAAAAUGGUUGGGGAGUCAACGUCGACUCAAGUAUUACGGGAUUUGGAAAUUUCCUUACGCACGAAUCAUAUAGAAUGGGUAAGGGAGUUCCUAGACGAGGAGAACCAGGGUUUGGACGCCCUCAUAGACUACCUCAGCUUCAGAUUGCUCAUGAUGAGGCACGAGCAACGCCUCUUGGAAUCCCAUGCGAGUUCGGAAGAAAAAUUACAAACCGUUGGCUCCGGGGAUACUUCACCCUUAAAUAACGGCUGCCUUAGACCGCCACUCCACGAGCUUAAAGAUAGUCCCGGCGUUAAAAGAAGAUCUCGACACGUGGCACGACUGAACAUGGGCGAAGCGAAAGAUGACAUUCAUGUUUGCAUAUUAUGCAUGCGCGCUAUCAUGAAUAAUAAGUACGGUUUCAACAUGGUCAUCCAGCACCGUGAGGCAAUCAACUGCAUAGCGCUCAGUUUGAUGCACAAGAGUUUGAGAACGAAAGCUCUGGUUUUGGAACUUCUUGCUGCUAUCUGUUUGGUAAAGGGUGGCCACGAAAUUAUUCUCUCCGCGUUCGACAACUUCAAGGAAGUUUGCUCUGAGCGACGACGAUUCACUACGCUUAUGGCAUACUUCACCCAAUAUGAUAGUUUUCACAUAGAAUUCAUGGUUGCCUGUAUGCAAUUCGUAAAUAUCGUUGUUCACUCGGUAGAGGAUAUGAAUUUCAGGGUACAUUUGCAAUAUGAAUUUACCAAACUUGGUUUGGACGAGUAUCUUGAGAAACUGAGGCAUACCGAGAGCGAGGAUUUGCAGGUUCAAAUCUCUGCGUAUCUGGAUAACGUAUUUGAUGUAGCUGCCUUAAUGGAAGACAGUGAAACCAAGACUGCUGCAUUAGAAAAAGUAGCUGAAUUAGAAGAUGAACUUGGUCAUGCACACGAUAGGAUGACAGAAUUAGAAAGAGAAUCUCUUGCAAAAUUAGCGGAAUUAGAGACUGAAUUAGGUGCAUUAAAAGUAGAAUAUGCUGAUGCUGUAGAAGCUCGUCGAUUGGCUGAGGAAGAAUUGACAGCUUUGAAAAGGCAAAAACAAGAUUCUGCUCGAAGACAAAGCGUUUUAGAAAAUAAAAUAAUCGAAUUGGAAACACUUACUGGCACCCUCACGAAGGGUUCAUCAACCAAUCUUCGAAAUGGAUGUGCUACGAGUCCUGUUAGUAAUUCGGAUAAUGUUACAUGCUCUACGCUUAAUUCGACUCCGUCUCCGACAUUAGAAGAGCCUCCGCCAUCCGCUCCAGCACCACCUCCACCACCUCCACCUCCAUGUCCACCACCACCUCCUAUGGCACCUCUUUCUCCCGGAGAUCAAAAAUUACCGCCACCUGCGCCUAUACCUCCACCACCUGCUGGAAUGAUGCAAGCACCAGAUGGAGCAAUGACUAUUAAACGAAAGGUUCAAACAAAAUAUAAACUUCCCACGCUUAAUUGGAUUGCAUUGAAACCUAAUCAAGUACGAGGUACUAUUUUUAAUGAACUGGAUGACGAUCGACUGCACAAUUAUAUAGAUUUUUCCGAUUUCGAAGAAAGAUUUAAAAUUGGAAUGGGAAGUCAUGUUGCUAAUGGCAAUAAUGAAAUCGAUGGUCUUCAAAGCUUUCCUAGCAAAAGAUUUAAGAAGCCAGAAAAUGUAUCGCUUUUAGAACAUACCAGAUUGCGAAAUAUCGCCAUAUCGCGAAGGAAAAUGGAAAUGCCAGUAGAAAAAGUUAUUAUGGCGGUAAAUGCUUUGGAUUUAAAAGUACUUUCAUUGGAAAAUGUAGAAUUAUUACAACGUAUGGUGCCUACAGACCAAGAAAUAAAAGCAUAUAGGGAAUAUAUUAUAGAAAAGAAAAAUGUUAAUCUUCUAACUGAAGAAGAUAAAUUUUUAAUGCAACUCGGUAAAGUAGAAAGGAUAUCAACGAAAUUAUCUAUUAUGAAUUAUAUUGGAAACUUUUUUGACAAUUUACAUCUUAUUACGCCACAAAUACAUGCUGUGAUAUCUGCUUCAAGUUCAGUUAAAAGUUCAAAGAAACUACGAGCAGUAUUAGAAAUUAUCCUUGCUUUUGGAAAUUAUUUAAAUAGUAGCAAACGAGGCCCAGCGUACGGGUUUAAACUUCAAAGUUUAGACACAUUACUCGAUACGAAAUCAACGGACAAGAGAAUGUGCCUUUUACAUUAUAUUGUAGCGACAAUACGAGUCAAGUUUCCAGAAUUAAUUAAUUUCGAAUCGGAACUUAUGUAUAUUGAUAAAGCUGCGACUGUGUCAUUGGAAAAUAUAACUACCGAUGUACACGAAUUAGAAAAAGGAAUGGAUCUUGUGAGAAAAGAAUUCGAACUUCGUGGUAAAGAAAAACAUAAUACCGUCUUGCGAGAUUUCUUAAAUAAUUCCGAAGAAAAGUUGCGUCGUUUAAAAUCUGAUGCUCGUGCUGCCGGUGAAGCAUUCCGUGAAUGCGUUGAAUUUUUUGGAGAAAGUCCUAGACAAGCUGAUGCUAAUACAUUCUUCUCUCUUCUUGUCAGAUUCGCAAGGGCAUUUAAGGCUGCGGAUCAAGAAAAUGAACAACGUCGUCGAUUAGAAGCUGCUGCUGCAGAAGCUUUAAACGCCUCGGAAGAUGUUAUUAAACGUAAUAAAUUAAAUCAAAAAAAGCAACAGGAUGCUGUGAUAAAUGAAUUGAAAAAUAAAACAAGACUGGUUCAAGAGAAGAAAUUGCUGCAGCAGGAUGAAGUUUAUAAUGGUGCUCUAGAAGAUAUUCUUCUUGGGCUUAGAUCGGAACCAUACCGACGAGCAGAUGCAGUUAGACGCAGCCAACGCAGACGUAUUGAUAAUCAUAGACUCUCUCGCACUGCCGAAGAACUAGAACUCUAAAUUAUGUUUCUAUUCAGUGUUUUUUAUUUUAAAGGAAAAGCAGUUUUGUUUAUUUAUUUAUUUUUUUUUUAAAGGAAUAAAUUUUACUGCAUUUUUCGCGUUAAUGUACGCAAUAUUCUCACGUAAAACUCUUUCAGAAAGAAACAUAUUUUUUGUUUACUAAUUCAAUAUCUAUAACUUUAUACAUUAAAGUUAAAACACAAUGUGACUUGAACGUCGAAAAAACGUUCAUAUAUCACAAUGUUUAAAAAAUUAUUUAAGAUAAUUCAUAUUCAAAAAUUGGAAAUUUCAUGUGAUGAUAAAUUACUGUAAAUUAUUAAAAAUGAAAGAGUCGUGUAUUGAGCCAAAUUUAUAAAUAAUAGAUACACAAUAAUAUCCUGUUAAUAUUAAAAAAAAAAAAAUUACAAAAUCUCUUACUGAUUUUUUUAGUGAAAUGAUGAUCUAUCUUCUGUUCGUUUUAAGUAGCGAUAUUUUUGUUUGCCUUGAAUAUAUAUUUAUAAAAUUUUUUUCUUUCUAGGAACAAUUAGAAGAUAUGGCAAAUUGAUAUUAACAGGAUAUUACUGUAGCACGAUAGAAAUAUAGAUAUGAUAAUUUAAAACAAAUAUUGAAAAUUGGAUUAAAUUUUUACAUAUAAGUCAUUUAUACGGUGCUAUAAAUUCAAGAUAUAAUAAUAUCAAGAUCUAAACCAAAUUAAAUUUAAAAUAUCAAUUGUUUUCACACUAUUAACAAACAGUAGUAAUGCAUUAAUAUUCUUCUGUUUGUUGAAUACGUAUUCUUUGUGUUGUACAAAUUUAGUAAACGUAACUAUGAGAUACGUUUAUUAAAAAAUAUUAUAGUAAAUUAAGAAAUGCGUUUGUGUGCACAAAUUGUAUGAUUAUUUUUUCAUUGUUUUUUUAUAAAUACUAUUUCUAACUAAUUAAAAAGAAAAAUUGUUUCCAUUUAAUUAAUUAUUGUUGAUUGUUAUGUGCAUUUGAAAUAUUUAUAAUUCCAAUUUAAUUCAUAUAUGUUAGCUGUUUAUUUGAAAGAGUUUUUAAGAAAAUAAGAAGAUAAAAGAAAAAAAUGAUAUAGAUUCAAUGAUAGUAAUAAUGUCAAUAUAAAUUUAUAUAUAAAAAAAUUUAAGUAUACUUUUGAAUAUUUUUUAAGAUUUUUGGCAAGGUAUAGUUUCCAAUUAAACUAUAACAUUCCAUGGAUGAAAAGAUCCAAAAAAUUUUAAUUAAGUUUCCAAGAAUAACGACUAUUUUGAGAUAAUUAUGAAAAAUAAUACAUUUAGAAAUUUUUUAAAUUCCAGAAUAUAAAUAUUACAAUAUAUUUUUCUUAAAGUCUGAAGGUCAAUUCUUUGAUCAUUAAAAACAUAAGUAGCAAGCGCGCACAAUAAUGGUUUAUAUAUAUUUAUAUAUAUAUUCUGAGAAAAUAUUUUAUUCUAUUAUGCAUAAUAUCUACAAGUAAAACAACUUGUCACAUUCCGCCAAAAUCCCAAAAUGCGCUCAAUAUUACAAAUAAAUACUUAGUAUCGUUUAAUACAAUCGUUUUUACUAUAACGCAUUUAUAAUUUCAUAUAAUGAUAUAUAAAAAAAAAAA